AUGACACACACGUUUGCUCAGUACUCGUUGACUGUUGAUACAGACUUUUCGGGGCUGAAGGGAGUGACCUCGACCAGCCACGAAGACCUGGCCAACGGAGGGCACCCCCACCACCACCACCAUCACCAUCAAGCGUCUCCCACCCCUUCGACCUCCUCCACCUCAUCCCAGCAGCUGCCCAAUAACCACCCAGCGGCGCACCCAGCUUCUAGCAGCGUGGAAGACCGCUUCUCGGAUGACCAGCUGGUGUCCAUGUCGGUAAGGGAGCUGAACCGGCACCUGCGAGGCUUCACCAAGGACGAGGUGAUCCGCCUUAAGCAGAAGAGGAGGACCUUGAAGAACAGGGGCUACGCCCAGUCCUGCAGGUAUAAACGAGUCCAGCAGAAACACCACCUGGAAAACGAGAAGACCCAACUCAUCCAGCAGGUGGAACAGCUCAAGCAGGAGGUGUCCCGGCUGGCCCGCGAGAGAGAUGCUUACAAGCUGAAAUGCGAGAAACUUGCCAGCAAUGGCUUCAGGGAGGCCGGCUCCACCAGCGACAAUCCCUCCUCUCCAGAGUUCUUCAUAACUCUGUGGACUGAGAGAAGGGACAUUGACCAAGACAUCCCUAAGAGUCCGCCCGCUGGCAAGGAAAGAAAGGAAGAAGGACCUUGCGAAUGAGCAGCCAGCGCCUCGCGCAGGACUUAACCUGCUGCUCAGGAUGGAAAAUGCAAGAGGAGGGGAGAGAGACAGUGUGUGUAAAGUGUUCAUAUGAUGCCUCCUUUGAGACCUAGUGACCGAGGACUCAGAUGGGACGGUCAAUGCGAAAUAUCAUAAGUUUUGCCUGCUUGAUUAUAUAGAAAAAAAAAAAACACGAAAAUCUGCAUCAAAAAUAUUAAUCCUGCAUGCUGGACAUGUAUGGUAAUAACUUCUAUUUUGUACCAUUUUCCUGUUUAACUUUAGCAUGUUGUUGAUCACGGAUCAUCGCUUUGGUUUAUUUCUCUGGGUAAGAAGGUGUCGCAGUUCUAACCCUUGGACUGCUGGGCGGGCAGUGAUCUUUUCUGUUCUGGUUGUUAGCUUGUAAAUAUCUGCCCCCAGGAAACCGCACAGAGGCGGCUCAGCAGGCUGGCAGGCUGUGUCUGGGUUUGGUGUUUUUUUUUUUUUUUAAGUAAAGAAAUAAAGUUACGGGCAUUUGCAUCUGCAUUCAGAAAGCAACUUUUUUUUUUUUUUAAAUAUUGGGAGCACUUUGGAGUUGUGUUUUCCUUUCUAUACCCCCACCCCACCCACCCUUCUGUAGUUUUCAUUUUGGUUUUUUCUUUGUUGGGGACUGAGUGAGAGCUGCUCGAGGUCACCGAGGGAAACAAACCAGGGGAAGGGGGUGGCGGUGGAAGGAGAGCUAUCCCUUGGCAAUGGAUUCAGGCGGCUCCAGAAUUUAAAGAGGUAGAGACAGUUAGUGUCUGCCUGGAGUGCGCCGCAGCCUGGGGAACGGAGAAGGGUAGAUUAACGUAGUCUUUAGACAUUUUAUUUUCACCUCUUUAUAUCUGAAAUGUUAUACACUCAGGAAACAGAAGAGAGGAAAAAAGAAAAAAGAUCUACAAUGAUUGUCUUGUUUGCUUUUCCAUUGUAACCAAAACCUCUUCUCUCUCUCUCUCUGUCUCUCUCUGUCUCUCUCUCUGUCUCUCUUUCUGUCUCUGUCUCUGUCUCUGUCUCUCUCUGUCUCUGUCUCUCUCGGUCGUCUCUGUCUGUCUGUCUGUCUGUCUGUCUGUCUGUCUGUCUGUCUCUCUCUCUUUCUUCCCAACCGUGUAAAAAAUCUAGGCACGAUACAGUAGUAGCCAUGCCCAGGAUGCUCCCUCCAUGGAGUUAGUUUAGGGUCUCCUGCAAAAGGCGAUUUGUCCAGCUCUGACCUUCAGUUGGGUGGUUUAAGCCUGUGGCCACUGAAGGGGACACACUCUGAAUGUAUUGGGAACGAAAACGUUGGUGAGAAAGAUUGCAACUUUUAAGUGCGGAUUUUUUUUUUUUUUUGUGAAACAUGUUCUCUGUUUCUUUCUUUGCUCGGGCAGCAAGUGAGCUUCUUCUCAGUUGUACAGUAGUCAUGAGGCGUCUUUGGGUGUUUUUAUUACUUUUUUUUUUUCCUGCAGGUCAGUAAAAGGAUUUAAGUUGCACUGACAAAAAUACCAAAAUGAAAACGUAUUUUUUAUUUCUCUUUAGAAUAUGCUGGCACUGCUGGCCGGAUGCAUUUUAAGUUUGUAUUAGUUUAUAAAUUAACAGUAAUAUCAGGAUUGUAUGAACAGCAUGGUGCUUGCAGUUUUAAAUAUCGUGGGUAUUAGUCAUGCAUCAGAACCGAUCUUUGGUUUUUACUGAUUCAACUGUGUUGAAAUCAAACAUGCAGCAGCGAAAUUGUUUUUAUUUCAUGUAAAAUAAGGGAUCAAUUUCAAAUCCUGCUUAUGAUAUGAAAAUAUUAAAACCUAGUCUAUUGUAGUUUUAUUCAGACUGGUUUCUGUUUUUUGUUAUUAAAAUUGUUUCCUAUUUUGCUUAUUAAAAUCAUUGAAAUGGCAUUUAUUUUGAGAA